AUGCCGAAGAAAGCCAUCGACUCCCGUAUUCCGGCUUUGAUCCGCAACGGUGCUCAGGAGAAGAAACGAAGCUUUUUCGUAGUCGUCGGUGACCGCCAGAAGGAUGUCAUCGUCAACCUCUACCAUAUCCUGCUAAACGUCGACGUGAAGCUGAACAAGUCGGUCCUCUGGGCGUACAAGAACAAAUUGCUAGGGUUCUCGAGUCACCGCAAGAAGCGCGAGAAGAAGAUCAAGAGCGAGCUCAAGCGCGGCAUCCGCGACAUCGAUACCGAAGACCCGUUCGAACUGUUUGUCUCGACACAGAACAUCCGCUAUGUCUACUACAAGGAGACCGAGAAGAUUCUGGGUAACACAUACGGCAUGUGCAUCCUGCAGGACUUCGAAGCACUCACACCGAACUUGCUCGCGCGCACAAUCGAGACGGUUGAGGGAGGAGGACUGGUGAUCCUGCUGCUGAAGGGCAUGAACAGCUUGAAGCAGCUCUACACAAUGUCCAUGGACAUACACUCGCGGUACCGAACCGAAGCGCACAGCGACGUCGUCGCACGAUUUAACGAACGAUUCCUUCUCUCACUCGGAAAAUGCGACAGCUGCUUGGUGGUGGACGACGAGCUGAACGUGCUGCCUAUUUCAGGCGGGAAGCACGUUAAGCAGCUAGCGCCACCGGACCCAGAGCUUGAGGGCAAGACACCGAAGGCGAAGGAGCUGGAAGAGAUCAAGGAAUCGCUGGCAGAUACGCCACCUGUAGGCGACCUUGUGAAGCUGGCCAAGACAGUGGACCAAGCAAAGGCGCUCCUCACGUUUGUGGAUGCGAUCGCAGAGAAGACGCUGCAGAGCACCGUGACUUUGACGGCAGCGCGUGGUCGCGGAAAGUCUGCGGCGUUGGGUGUGGCGAUCGCAGCGGCGAUUGCACACGGAUACAGCAACAUCUUCAUCACGUCGCCAAGUCCCGAAAACCUGAAGACACUGUUCGAGUUCGUGUUCAAGGGCUUCGACGCGCUGGGAUACAUGGAACACCAGGACUACAACAUCCUGCAGUCGACACAUGCGGAGUUCAACAAGGCAAUCGUUCGCGUCAACGUGCACCGACAGCACAGGCAAACAAUCCAGUACAUUCAGCCGCAAGACGCGAACCAGCUGGGUCAGGCUGAGCUGUUGGUCAUCGAUGAGGCAGCAGCUAUUCCUCUGCCGCUAGUGCGCAAGCUGAUGGGGCCCUACUUGGUGUUCAUGGCCUCAACUAUCAACGGUUACGAGGGUACCGGCCGCUCGCUCUCGCUCAAGCUCAUCAACCAGCUUCGUGAGCAGUCAAGAGGACGCAAGACCACUGGCACAUCAACCGUAGUCGACCGAGCGACAGGCAAGGAGAGCAAGGACGGGACGGAGCCUUCGAUGGCUGGUCGCUCUCUGCGCGAAAUCACACUCUCGGAACCCAUUCGUUAUGCUCAGGGCGAUUCUGUAGAGCGAUGGAUGAACGACCUCCUCUGCCUUGAUGCUACUCUGCCGCGAUCGAAGCUGGGAACUCAGGGAUGCCCGCAUCCUGAUGAGUGCCAGCUGCUCCACGUCAACCGGGAUACCCUUUUCUCCUACAACCCAGCGGCCGAGAAGUUCCUGCAGAAGAUGAUGGCGCUUUACGUCGCCAGCCACUACAAAAACACGCCCAACGAUCUUCAGCUCAUGUCGGACGCCCCCGCCCAUCAGCUCUUCGUCCUCACUGCUCCCGCAGAGGACAACAAGCUCCCCGAGCCUCUCUGCGUCAUCCAGGUAGCACUCGAAGGUCAAAUCAGCAGGGAAAGUGUUCUUAGCAGUCUGUCGCGCGGACAAAGAGCAGGCGGCGACCUCAUUCCCUGGAUCGUUUCCCAACAAUUCCAGGACGAGAACUUUGCCUCUCUCUCUGGUGCGCGCGUUGUCCGCAUAGCCACGAACCCGGACUAUGUAAACAUGGGCUACGGCUCGCGUGCUCUGUCCCUUCUGGUAGACUUCUACGACGGCAAGCUCGCUUCGCUGUCGGAGUCUGCGCCCAGCGAGGUAGAGACGAUGAAGCGUGUCUCAGAGUCCGAGCUAGAAUCUGCCAGCCUUCAAACAGACACUAUCAAAGUCCGCGAAGCGUCUGAGAUGCCGCCUCUCUUUGCCCGCUUGUCCGAACUCGCUUCCCCCAAGCUUGACUACGUAGGCGUAAGCUAUGGGCUGACGAGCCAACUGCACAAGUUCUGGAAGCGCCAGUCCUUCGUCCCCGUUUACUUGAGGCAGACCCCCAACGAUCUGACUGGGGAACACACAUGCAUCAUGCUGCGCUCACUGGAAACCACGUCCUCGGACGGGUCAUGGGUCGCGGCUUUUGCUAAGGAUUUCCAGAAGCGCUUCCUUUCUCUGCUGUCCUACCAGUUCCGGUCCUUCCCCUCGGUUACCUCGCUCUCCAUUGAAGAGUCUGCGUCUCUCGGCGCAAAGCUCGACGUUGAACUGCAAGCGACGCCGAUCACAAAGGCAGAGCUGGACGCCCUAUUCAGCCCCUUCGACUUGAAGAGACUGGACUCGUACGCAAACAACAUGCUCGACUACCACGUCAUUCUCGACAUGCUGCCGUCCAUUGCAACGCUCUACUUCACAGGGCGUCUCAAGUCGCACGUCAAGAUGAGCGGAGUGCAAGUCGCGCUCCUCCUGGCCAUCGGUCUCCAACGCAAAGAAUUCAGUGAAGUUGAGAAGGAACUCAACCUCUCUUCUUCCCAACUGAUGGCCAUGUUCGUCAAGGUCGUCCGCAAAGUAGCGACGGCGUUCCGUGGGAUCCUCGAGGGCGCCGUGAGGCAGGAGCUGCCGGAGGCUAUGGAGGUUGAAGAUGGCGACGCGCCCGAGGCUGUGGCGGACCCGCGCUUCAAGCCUCUGGAGAAGAGUCUGGAGGAAGAACUGCAGGAAGGUGGGGAUGAGUUCCUCGCAGAUGAGGAAGAGCGUGAGAGGGCAAAGGCGCUUAUUGACGCGCUGCCUCUGCACAGGUACGAGAUCGGCGCUGGAGCAGACGAGUGGGAAGAUGCUGAGCGCUCGGUCGCCAAAGCGGCCAAGGGCGGCCGUGUCGACAACUUGACCGUGGCUGUCAAGACGGGUGAGAAGAAGAGGAAGGCUGGUGAAGCCGUGGCUGAAGCUUACAAGGAGGCUGAGAAGGGCCGAGAGAAGAGCGAAAAGAAGCACAAGAAGGCCAAGUCGAGCAGGAAGUAG